CUGCAGACGAGACAUGUCGUUUCCCAGAAUUCCUACAAAGUUACCCAACGGAAGGCCCUAUCAAACCGUGGACCUCCCGGAUGUGGUGGCUCUACCUACGGCAUGCACCAAAAUGGGCUGAAAAACAGGAUAUUUAUGUCAAGAACGGUCAGAUCUGGCGUUACAGAGAAAACAACCUCCAGGAAUGCGAGAACUCCCACAAGAAGGUCUACCAUAAAACAAACUUUGGCGGUUGCUCGGAGCGGCAGCUUGUCUACAAUCGGACUUGUAUCCACGAAGCAGGAUUUAACACCUUCAGGAUCAUUGAGUACAACGCCGACAG